AUUUCCUGUGCAAGGAUGGCUGUGCGCGCAAUAGCCUUCGUCUGCCUUCGUAAGGAAUUAAAAAAAACACCGAAAGGUUUGACAUUGACAGUUGCAAAGUUUCUCAAAAACGUAAACACGGUUGCACUUCCAAUUGCAAAAAUGAAUUCUGAAACGCCUACAAUCGAAAAGUCUGAUUGCAUAUUUUGUAACAUCAUCAAUAAACUGGAAAACACUGAAAUCCUGUACGAAGACGACGAUGUCUGUGUGUUUCGGGACAUAAAACCGGCGAGCGACUAUCACAUAUUGACCGUACCGAAACGGCAUAUCGAAGAUGCAAAGAGCUUGACGACCAAUGAUAAAGACUUGGUUGAGAAAAUGUUGACAACUGCUAAAGAGCUUCUGUCCAAAAACAAUUUGUCUGUGGACGACGCGAGGUUUGGCUACCACUGGCCCCCAUUCAGGAGUGUGAGGCACUUGCACCUCCACACCAUAGCUCCGGAGUCCAAAAUGGGGACAAUUGCACGGAUGAUAUUUAUGAAGAACUCAUAUUGGUUUGCUUCUCCCGAGUAUGUAGCAUCAAGGCUGUGAUCAAAAUAAUGAAGAACUAAACACAUUUAGGUUUUUAAUCUUUAUUGCAAAUUGUUGGUUAGAUAUGGAAGAUUAUGAGGUAUAAGCCUAAUAUUGAUCUCCUUUCCAAUUUGGUGUUGAAAAAUCAACCUUUUUAUAAUUGACUAGAGUUGUUAUUAGCAUGCAGGGUGGAAAUAAAUGAUGAUAAAAGUCAGUCUCCCAUGUUAUAAGCAACUCUAUUACUAUGGGUUUUGGUUGAUAUUUAAAUGUAAAGUGCAAAAUUAUUGGCUGAUGUAAAUAUUGUGAUUAGUCUUAGUAGUGUAUUUUCAGUGUACCAGAUGGCGCUGUAUUGUCUUUUUUUUUAAUUGUAUAACUGCUCAGGGUUCUAGCUCUUUUGAGCCUCUUUCAUUGUUUUGCACUGCCAUCUUGUAUUAUUUUUGGACAAUAUUUUGGUAUUAAGUAUUUAAUAAAUAAUGGAUGAUGUUAAUAUUAUUACUUGCUGGGUACAAAUGUUAUUUAUUACUAUAUUAAUUAUGUCAUAAUAAAAAUGAGGUUUUGUUUUAAA